AUGGCGCGUCUGAAACAGUCCUCACCCAUGCAAAGAAUCAACUCGGGCGAAGUCAUGCAGACUCUCUCCGACAAUGCUGAGAAACGCGCAGUUUAUACCAACGGCUACAUUGCCUCACCGCGCACGAAGCCCACGGCAGCGCAGUCCACACGAGCAACAUCGUCACAACCACAACCACAACCACAACCACAGCCACAGCCGCACAACCCUGCCACCCAAUCAUCCGGCAUCCUGACCCUCGUAAUCUGCGUCGGCGGCAUCUACGGGUCCUUCCUGACCUGGGGCCUGCUCCAAGAGCGCAUCACGACGACACCCUACCCGCUCGACACAUCCGCGCAGGCACAACUGGAAUACUUCCGGUACCCGAUCGUGCUGAACACGAUCCAGGCGUUCUUCGCGUUCACGAGCGGGAGCCUGUACCUCCUCUACAAAACCAACGGCUCCUAUCACAUCCUGCCCUCGAGCGCAGCGCUCCCGCCGCUCCUUCUGGUCACGCUCACGACCACACUGGCGUCGCCCUUCGGCUACGCCUCGCUCGCACACGUCGACUACCUGACCUUCGUGCUGGCCAAGUCCUGCAAACUGCUGCCCGUGAUGGCGCUGCACGUCACGCUGUUCCGCAAGCGCUACCCGCUCUCCAAGUAUCUGAUCGUGCUGGCCGUGACCGGCGGCGUCGCGCUGUUCACGCUGUACCACCCGCCCAAAGCCGGCAAGGCCUCUUCCCGAACCAACGCCACAAGCAGCAUCUACGGCCUCACCCUCCUCGCGAUCAACCUCCUCUUCGACGGCCUGACCAACACGAUCCAAGACCACAUCUUCUCCUCGCCCGCCCGCUACGGGAAAUCCACCGGCCCGCAGAUGAUGGUCAUCCUGAACCUGCUCGGCACGCUCCUCAUGACGGGCUACCUGCUGCUCACACCCAUCAUCCCGCCGGCGCUGUUCCCCUCUUUCCUUCCCGCCGCCGAAACGAACGAGCUAUCCUCCGCGCUGGGCUUCCUCGCCCGCCACCCGGCCGUCACGCGCGACAUGCUGGGCUUCGCCGCGUGCGGCGCCGUCGGCCAGCUGUUCAUCUACGCCACCCUCGAGCGCUUCUCGUCCCUGUUACUGGUCACCGUCACCGUCACCCGCAAGAUGCUCACCAUGCUGCUCUCCGUCCUCUGGUUCGGAAAGUCCCUGUCGCCGGGCCAGUGGGCCGGCGUCGCCCUUGUGUUUGGCGGCGUCGCAGCUGAGGCCUGGGUCCAGAAGACGGAAAAGAAACAGAAGGAAAAGCAGAAGUUAAGAUGA